CACUUCUCUUACGGUUUACACCAUCAAAAAUCUUUUCACCAUUACUUUCCCCCCAAAAUUUCCCGCUCCCUCUCCCCCCAUCGUCAGCUCCACCACUACCGGCUUUCCCACCGUGCGACGACCAGAUCCACCACCGUAAGAAGGCCGCCGCUCGCUCCGCCCAAGCCCCAGCUCGACAUCGCCGCUCGUUCUGCCCACGCCGCCGCCUGUGCCGCUCACGACGACGCCGCUCGUUCAGCUGAGAUACUUCAUCCAUCAGUUAUAAGAGAGCUGGCAUUCUUUCAGAGAAGGAGAAAUCCCCGUCACCUCUAAGAAGGAGACGCGAACCCCGCCCUUCUCUGUGAGAAUCUCGCUCAGUAGCGUUCUAGAGAAAAAGUGAGAACCAAAGUACGAAGAAAUUCAGGAUGAUUUCGAUUAAUGAGAAAUUCAGAUGAAAAACCGAAACCCCUUUGCCAUUCACAAAAAUUGAUGAUUGUUAAGCUGUUGUGCUCAAAUUGGAGAAAUAUAAUGAAUCUCUCUCCAUUUAAGCUGGACAUUGAUGACCUCAUACACGAGUUUGCUGAGGGCGAAUCAACAGCUUUGGCUGAUAUGAAGAGAGUAUGGCUUUCUAGAAAGUUCUCGUACAUAUAUGAGGCUACUCCUUCUUGCAACUUGGCCUUCUUCAUGCAAUCGUUGUAUUCCCAUUCAAUUGGUAGUUACAUGAUAAGCAAUGCUUCUUUAUCACACAGACUGGGCGGGCUUUUUUGCCUUUACUGCCUCUAUGAGACUCAACCUUUCAAACCCCCAUUCAAAAUUUAUCUAUCACUUGGAGAGCUGAGGAAACUUACGGAGCUUCUUGUUGAUGCAAAAGAAAAAGGUGUAAAAGUGGUAUCUGCUGUGGUCAAAAGGAUGCUUGAUAAAAACAUGUUCCUCUUUGGGUGUUUGGAGAUAAAUGAAGGUUCUGCUACAGAGACAGUGAAUCAACUUACAGAAUUGCAGAAUGCCCGCAUUCAAGUUUUAUAUAAUAAGUUAUUUGCUAAUAGUCGGAUAGAGCACUUCCUCCAUAUGGACUUGGGCAGGGAAGUUGACUUGAAUGUUGUCCAGGAAAAGUCAACAGAAUAUGCGGAGGCCAAGAAAUUGGCCAUUGAAGAAGCCAGCAAGGUAGUGGAUGUUCAAGACAUAAAGCAUAUAUCAAAGGAUAAAAAAUUGAUUGGAGAUGAAAUGGCGAAGAUCAUAGAUGACUGGAAUGUCCAAAGAGAUGUUUUUAAUCAACAAAGAGGAUCCAGCCAGCUACCUCCUGAAGAACAACAGCAACAUCAAGAUGAUGAAGAGUUUGAUCUGGAAGAUGAUGAAGACUUUGAUCAGAAUCUGGAACGAUUGCUAUCCAAAGCAUAAUGGCAAGCGUACCCGUACUGUAGGAGCUUGAGAAAAGGCUCAGGUCUCUCCAUACUUGAGAGUAAAAGUUCAGGGGCACGGACGGUCUCUGAGAAUGCCAUCCUUAUUUCACUUCGAUACAAAAGCAUCUCCUCCUCGUUUUGUUCCAGAUGGGAAGAAUGCUCAUGAGUGCCCUGGGCUUGCUUCUUUUGUGACUAUGCAUUCUGUAUGCAGAAAACGAGAUUUAAUCUGUACAUUUGAAUGAGUGUCUACAAGUAAAAUCAUGAACAAUGGCUCCGUUUAAGCUGUUUAUAAUAUAUGCCUUUGAUUAAUUUGUUCGAGGCUUCCAAUUUUAA